AGCUGUCUGGCCGAGAGGCGCAGCCAUGGGCUCCGUGCUUAGCAGCGAUAGCGGCAAAUCCGCCGCCGCCUCGGCCGCCCCGCGGGCCCUGGAGCGCAGGGGGGACCCGGAGCUGCCCGUCACGUCCUUCGACUGCUCCGUGUGCCUCGAGGUGUUGCACCAGCCCGUCCGGACCCGCUGUGGCCACGUAUUCUGCCGUUCCUGUAUCGCUACCAGUCUAAAGAACAAUAAAUGGACCUGCCCUUAUUGCCGGGCAUAUCUUCCUUCAGAAGGAGUUCCAGCAACUGAUGUAGCCAGAAGAAUGAAAUCAGAGUACCAGAACUGCGCUGAGUGUGACAGCCUGGUUUGCCUCAGCGAAAUGAGGGCACACAUAAGAUCUUGUCAGAAGUAUAUAGAUAAGUAUGGACCACUGCAAGAACUUGGGGAGACGGCAACAAGGUGUGUGUGUCCAUUUUGUCAGAGGGAACUGGAUGAAGACAGCUUGCUGGAUCACUGUAUCACUCAUCACAGAUCAGAAAGGAGAUCUGUGUUCUGUCCACUCUGCCGAUUACUACCUAAUGAAAAUCCAGGCAGCUUCAGUGGCAGUUUAAUAAGACAUUUGCAAGUCAAUCACACUUUGUUUUAUGAUGAUUUCAUAGAUUUUAAUAUAAUUGAGGAAGCUCUUAUCCGAAGGGUUUUAGACCGGUCACUUCUGGAAUAUGUGAAUCACUCAAACACCACAUAAUUUUAUUCAAAGGAAAGGAGAGGAGACCAUUCAAUUGCACCAUUUGUUAAGAUGCUGCUCGAACAAUUGGAGGGAAAUUGUCAAUGUUCGAUGGGCAAAAAUGUACAACACAGUUAUAUGUUUGUCUAUGUUUAUUGUUAUAUUGCAUUUUAAAACUGCUUUCAUUGGGAUGGUUUAAAUCUGUUUUACAUUCUUGACUUUCUUAGACACUUAACAAAAAAUAGUCUCCAUCAGCCACCAAGGUAUAGAAGAGAACAUGAGGCAGGAUAUGUGGGUGAACGAUCUUUAUUUGCAAAUUGGAUGAUACUAUGUGUAAUGCUAUAGAUUAAUAACUAUCAUCAUAGUUGGGCAAGAUAACUUAUAUUUGUUCUAUGUAAAAAGAUGGAGAAUGAAACCAAGUAUGGACAUUCAAGGAAACCUGAAAUCUGCUCUAGUGCUUAUCUAAUCUCUAACAGAAUAAUAUGGGUAGCCUUGUAUCAAAGUAGGAAAGGAAAAUCUUGGAAGUCAACAAAGUCCGCUUAACCAAAUUAUAAAACAUAAUACUGUAAACAAAGUAAAUGUGUUAACAAUGUAUACUUAAUCCUUUGACUUUUUAUAACUAUGCACAAUAAGAAUUUAGUAUUAUAUUUUUCAAAUAUUUGUAGCUUAUUAUUUAGAAAUAUUUCUAUAAUAUAGGUAAUUUCUUAAGGACCUUUAGCUGAUAUUUAUAGAAGUGUUCAUAUUCAUAAUUUUUAGUGGAAAAUCCUAAGGGCUUUGAUUUUUUUUUUUACUUUUAUCUUUUAGAAAAAAUAAAAUAAAAUAUAAAUACUGAAAACCAAACAGAAAAUGUAGGAAACAGUUUUAGAACUCUGCCAGCCACUCUGGAUAUCUUCUGUGUAUCCACUCACAGUUAUUAGCUGUCUUCCACAGGAGUAACCACUACAGUGAUAUCAAUACCUAAGUGUGUAUUUUUAAUCUGUAGGUUUUUUCUUUUCCUUAAAAUGUAUUAUUAGUUAAGAACUUGGUCUGGAUAGAGUUAUCCACAGCCUGUAUUUUGCUGUUUGCAUACUCAUGGUGCAAUUCAGCAUGUUCCUCUUUCCUCUGAAUAUUGACACAUGGAUCCAAAUAUAAUAGACUCAGGUUUAAUCCUUUUUGGCAAGAUUAUAGGUCAUGGUGUGUUCUUUCAUCAGAGGGCACACAAUGUCUGGUUCUCUCUUUUCGUGAUGUCAGCUGAAAUUGAUACUCAAUGCCUUGAUCCAUUGAUUUAUUGUGAGUUGGAGGAUAUUCUAACCCUAUCAUUUCUCUUUCAUUUAUUAGUUGGAACAUUUUUAUAAAGAGAUGUUUCCCCACAUCUUCUAUUUGGUUGACUAACGGUCAGAUUUGUAUAGGAAAGGGAAAGUA